GUUGAGCAUUGUCAGGACAUGCAGCCUAGUGGCAUUCUUGCAGGAGGAGUAGUGGGCAUUUUAAGCUCUUAGCAGAGGCACCUUUGCCAUUGUGAAAACAGGUGAGAGUCCUGUGAUGCUCCAAAUGAUGUGGGACUGCAGACAUAGCUAGUAGUGAGGGAUGCCUGCAGCCCAAGAACACCUGGAGGCAACAGGGCUCCCACCUGUGUGCUUAAAAGAAACCUCUCCUAGUUCACUCCUCACCCACUUCUUUAGAGAAAUUGCUGCAGUCAAGGGCUGGAGAAAUAGCCCCUCUGCAGGUGUCAGCCAGGGACUGUUCUGAGUGGGUUUUCUUCUUCCUCCUCCCCAUAGCCCUUCUUCAUGGAUGUCUGUGUUCAAUGCCAUGCCCACCAUUUGCUUUGGCUUCCAGUGCCACGUCAGCAGCGUGCCCGUCUUCAACAGCAUGAAGCGCCCAGAGCUGAAACCCUGGGGAGCUGUCGUGACUGCAGCCAUGGUCAUCGCUCUCUUUGUCUACAUUGGCACAGGGGUCUGUGGCUUCCUGACCUUUGGCUCCAGGGUGGAGCAGGAUGUGCUCAUGUCCUACCCCUCCAGUGACAUUCCGGUUGCCAUUGCCAGGGCCUUCAUCAUCCUCUGCGUCCUGACUUCCUACCCGAUCCUUCACUUCUGUGGCCGGGCCGUCCUGGAAGGCCUGUGGCUCCGCUACAAGGGGGAGGCGGUAGAGGAGGAUGUCGUGCGGGAGAGGCGCCGCCGCUUGCUCCAGACAGUUAGCUGGUUCCUCUUCACCCUCCUCCUGGCCUUGUUCAUUCCUGACAUCGGCAAAGUCAUCUCAGUCAUUGGUGGCCUGGCCGCCUGCUUCAUCUUCGUCUUUCCAGGGCUCUGCCUCAUCCACACCAAGCUCUCCGAAAUCCAGGAAGCCCGACCAGCCAGCUGGUGGACGAUGGUUUGCUAUGGCGUGUUCAUGGUUGUUCUUGGAGCGUUUAUCUUUGGACAGACGACGGCCAAUGCUGUCUUCAUGGACCUCAUGAAGUGAUCCCUCUAACUCUGCCCUUCAUAGGAUUCGGUCUCUCUUCCGUCGACAAAAGGAAUCCAGACUUGGCCCAGAUCUUGGGAGUGUCUUGAAUGUCAGCGGGAGGCGACCCUUCUUUCCAUUGUCCGCAGUGGUUCUGUUCCAGUUUCCCUUCAUUGGAUUUUGGUUUCACAAAUCUUGUUGCUCCAAUUGCCCUUCUGAUCAGGGGCAUUCCCUGUGGGCAGGUGGGCAGCUUUUCCAUGUGGACACAAACUGAAUUCCUGUUUGCCUUUUGGAAUAUCACCAACGGACAGGAAAAACGGGACUCUGUUGUCUUGUGUACACUUGUGUUGAUAGGACGCAAGCCGUCCACACCGCAACUUGUGCUCUCUAUUUACGUGGCUUGUUUUUAUAUCCUUACCAAAACUCAUGUGUUGAUGGCCAGCAUCAUGGCUAAAGCGAUGACAAAAGGGCCUCGUGUAAAUCUGUUCCCUGGCCCCACAUUUGGAACCACGCCCCUCACGCUGGGAGUGCAUUCGCACUCGGGUCCCAGUAGUUCUGCAGAGAAGCACCACCUGCGUUCCUUGCGCACCUUCCAUGUUUACAAGUAGAAGCACGAGGGUUAGCGUGCUCACAGCAGGAAGCGCGGAGGCAGGGGGCAUGUGGUCUUGGUUUUGGGGGGAACACAGGGCUCCCUACUCCAAGCCUGGGACGUUGCUCACUCCUGGCAUGAAGAGAACUGCAAACCAAACCCUUCAUAGCUCAAAGGCAGGGUGGGCAGGGGUGCAGCAGCCCUCCAGAUAUGGUUGGAAUGCAACCCCCAUGAUCCCCUGCCAUCAGCUGUGCUGACUGGGGGCUGAUGGGAUGGGCAGUACAACAACUUGGUGCUUGAAGGAGCUGGUGGUGUUUUAAAUUACCUAACUUGUUUCUAUAUGGGAAAGGGAUGUGUGUUUGUACUGGCGUGCUUAGCUUCCUUUAUCAACAGUAUAUGAAAAUGGAUCGUAGGAAGAUAAAUGUUUGCCCAACACUAUGGUGCCAUUCGCAAAAUUCAUGUGCCGAAGGAGAGGCCUUCCUUUCCGGUGGCUUCUGGCGUUGGUUUAUUGAGCCGAGCGGCUUUAACCAGAGCAAAGUAACACCUGGUUGGUUUUAUGCCAUGGCUUUCACACUACAUAGUUAUAGCACAUUGAUUCUGCUUCAACGGCCGUGGCUGCAUCCUACAGAAACCUCACAUUUGCAUUGUGGUGAGAGACUACAGCUUUCUUGCAGAGGAUUCUUUCUUUAUGCCUCAGGAAACUGCAGAUCCCAGGUUUCCAUAGGAUGGCGCUACGGCAAAGUGGGAUCCCAGUGCUAUGACUCACUCUUGAGGUCAAUGUGAAGUUUUGGGUUGGCAGCAGGGCUCCCUUAAAAUACAUUGCUUCUAGGGUGCCAUGCAUGCUGGAGUGCAUUCUCAUGUUUACAAUGCAGCGGGUCAGAGACCUCACAAGGUCAGUUAAGUCAUUUUAAAUGUCAAAAUAAUUGUGUGUGUGUGUGUGUGUGUGUGUGUGUGUGUGUUAUUUUUCAGGUGCUAACUUCCCCCUUCUCCCUUUCAUGUUUCAAAUCUAUGUUGCCUGGGAUUUGGGGUGGUUUAAAGGGACAAUGUCAUAGCGAGAAAUAGCAAUUACAAAUAAAGAUUGUGACUUCUGGAUAACUUCUAACCAAUUUGA